CCCAAUGGGCGCGCUUACGUCACUACAAGCAAUCUCAGUCCGAUGUAGGGGAGUGGGACAAUAACAUAAUAUUAACCAUCACGGACGGGGGGAGGAGGGCUGAGCAUGAUGAGCGGGAAGAGCCUCUUGCUGAAGGUGAUCCUGCUUGGCGAUGGAGGAGUGGGGAAGUCCUCCUUGAUGAACCGCUUCGUCACAGAUCGUUUCGACUCUCAGUCAUUUCACACCAUCGGUGUAGAGUUCCUCAACAGGGACCUUGAAGUUGAUGGACGUCUUGUCACCCUUCAAAUCUGGGACACCGCCGGCCAGGAGCGUUUCAAGUCCUUGCGCACGCCUUUCUACCGAGGCGCUGACUGCUGCCUGCUUACAUUUGCCGUGAAUGACCUGCAGAGCUUUCAGAACCUUGGCGGCUGGAAGAAGGAGUUCAUGUAUUACUCUGAUGUGAAAGAUCCUGAGCGGUUCCCUUUUGUGGUGCUGGGCAACAAGGUGGACAUGGAGCAGAGGGAAGUAGGGGAGGACGAAGCGCGGGCCUGGUGCGAGGAGAACGGCUGCUGUCCUUACUUUGAGACCAGCGCUAAGGACGACACGAAUGUCACAGCCGCAUUCGAGGCAGCUGUCAGGGAGGUUUUGGCCACCGAGGAUCAUAUUGACCACUCGGUACUGAGUGGGACUAUAGAUCUCCAUGGCAACCGCAAAAUAUCUCAUAGGUCCUGCUGCUGACGGGUCAGGUUUGAAACCUCUCUGCCCGUGGGUGGAUUUGAGAGCCAGUGAGUUGCUGUUUAUGGUACAUGUAGAGCAGGUACAUGUUGUUCUGUGAUUUUUUUUUGGAUAAGAUACAGUGGAGGCUUAAUUCUUUAUUAAUGCUGAUAAGGUGUAAUCUGAGGAGAGCAGUGUCAAGCGUGCUGCCGUUAUAAAAGGGUUUUAGCCCCAACCAAGGUACAGCCGUGCUGAAACACUCUUCUUGUGCUUUGUCUGCUUCCAGUAAUGUUGCACAUUGCACACUCAUCCUCAUACCAAACUUUGCAUCCGUUGUCUCAUACAGAUUUGCAUCCAUAUUGCUUCCAGAACGAUUACAAGUAGAACUUCCAAAGUCGAACACAAUCCAUUCUGUGGCGCUGGUUGACUUCAUGUUGGUCUAAUUUCAAGUAAGGUUUCAAGUGACAUUUAAACAUUCUCAACUAAGCUCGAAGAGAAGUUACUUUUUGGAACCAUUUGUCAAUUUUCAAUACUGCUUGUCCUCAUUAGGGUUGCGCAUUGGCCUGUCACAACAAUUACUAUAUCGACUUAUCUUUUGACAAAUAAAAUGGACACGACAGUUUUUCCGGACUCGAGAAAUUGUCGUUGUUGUGGUGGGCUGACAGUUGAAUGGCUGUGUCAUUUGCUGCUAGUGGGUUCAUGGAACACCGGAAGACCGGUACACUCUUGCCGGUGUUUGCUCCCUCCAAUACUUCACAGCCUUGCUCCUCGUGCAGCGCGUAGUUUCACGCAACAGAGACACUUCAGGGAAAGUUCACCGUUUAUUAUGGUCGCUAGCCCACGAGCUAACAAGCUAGCCUGCAAGCUAACGAACUAGCCCGCAAGCUAUCAAGCUAGGGAGUUAAGGAGCUAAACAGCUCCCUCCACAGCAGCGAUGUUGUUUAAAACAUCAGCGCGUCGCUCCGAGUUGUUGUGUGUGCUGGUCUCCAAUUAACACACACACGGGAAAGUUAACUGUUUAUUAUGUUUGCUAGCUUACAAGCUUGUGAGGUAAUGAGUUAAGGAGCUAACAGAUCACUGCAUCGCGGCAACGUCGUUUAAAAUGCACUUUGCUCUGAGUUGUUGUGAGUCCCCAGUUAAUACACAGGGGAAAGUUAAUUGUUUAUUAUGUUUGCCAGCCCAUGAGCUAAGGAGCUAAACAUCUCGCUCCACCGCGGCAAACCAGUUGAAAAUGUCAGCGGCUCGCUCCGUGUUGUUGUGUGUAUUAGUCCCCGGUUAACACAAGUUAACUGGUUAUUAAGCGUAACCUCAAUGGCACACGUUAUUCAGCCAGUAGUUAAAUACAGCGAACAUCAACAUAUAUUUGAUUGACAGGUGAAGGGCUCGUCUUCAGCGGACCAACCACAAAGUCUUGCAGCUUGAGGGCGGGCCUUAUUUUUCAUCAUUUCAGAGGCAUAAAGAAAAACGAUAUUAUAGUUUGAUAAUAGUUUGAUAGUUUUGGGGAAAAUAUGGAAUUUGGAAAGAACCUCAUAACCCCCCCAAGUAAAGUUUUACAGUUUUAGUUUUCAUUAUUCAUUUUUGCUUUCAGCACCCUGCUAUUUAUAUUAGCAUUCACUUUUUAAAAUUGUAUUGUUCAUAUUGUAGUAAGCAGUCAGGCAAUUUCCUAUGCCACAGUUUUCUUUUCUAUGAUUAGCAUCACACUUCUCUUGGCCAUCUUGGAGUUACAGUAAUCCUUUAAAUCAGGGGUGAAAAAGCACAUUUUUGUCGCGGGCCAAAUUGUAGUUACGAUUUUCCUCAACGGCUGGGAUGACAGUGAAACCAUAUACAGUAGUGUGAAAAAGUGUUUGCCGACUUCCUGAUUUCUUAUUGUGUUUGUUUGUCACAUUUAAAUGUUCCCCAUCAUCAAACAAAUUUAAAUAUUAGUCAAUGGCAACACAAGUAAACACAAAAUGGAGUUCUUAAAUUAAGUUUUUUUAUUAUUAAGAGAGAAAAAAAUCCAAACCUACAUGGCCCUGUGUGAAAAAAUUAUUGCUCCCGCUGUUAAAACAUAACUGUGCUUUAUUAUAUCUGAGUUCAAUUUCGCUAGCUGCACCCAGGCCCGAUACUGCCACACCUGGAAAGGAAUCACUUAAAUAGGACCUGCCUGACAAAGUAAAGUAAACCAAAAGAGCCCCAAAAGCUACACAUCAUCUGUAGAUAUAAAGAAAUUCAGGAACAACUGAGAAAGAAAGUAAUUGAGGUCUAUCAGUGUGCAAUAGGUUAUAAAGCCAUUUUUAAAUGAUCAGUUAUCCACAAAUGGCAAAAACAUAGAACAGUGGUGAACCUUCCCAGGAGUGGCCGUUCGACCAAAAUUACCCCAAAAGUGCACUGAUGACUUAUCCAAUGGGUCACAAAAGACCGUACAAUAACAUCCAAAGAAAUGCAGGCCUCACUUGCCUCAGUUAAGGUUAGUGUUCAUCACUCUACCAUAAGAAAGAGACUGGGCAAAAGUGGCGGCAUGGCAGAGUUCCAUGAUGAAAACCACUUGUGAGCAAAAAGAACAUUAAGGCUCAUCUCAAUUUUCCCAGAAGACAUCUUGAUGAUCCCUAAGACUUUUGGGAAAAUACUCUGUGGUCUUACGAGACAAAAUUUGAACUUUUUGGAAGGUGUGUGUCCCAUUGCAUCUGGCAUAAAAGUAACUGUGCAUUUCAGAAAAAUACCAACAGGAAAAUAGGGAGGUGGUAGUGUGAUGGUCUUCAGGCUGUUUUGCUGGUUCAGGACCUGGAAAACUUGCUGUGAUAAAUGGAACCAUAGAUUUGGAUGUCUAACAAAAAAAUCCUGGAGAAGAAUGUCCGACCAUCUGCUCAUGACCUAAAGCUGAAACGAACUUGGGUUCUGUAGCAGGACAAUGAUCCAAAACACACCAGCAAGUCCACCUCUGAAUGGUUGAAGAAAAACAAAAUGAAGACUUUAGAGUGGCCUAGUCAAAGUCCCUGACCUGAAUCCUAUUGAGACUCUGUGGCAUGACCUUAAAAAGGUGGUUCAUGCUAAAAAAACAUCCAAUGUGGCUGAAUUACAACAAUCAUUCAUUCAUUUAAAAACUGCAUUUUGUGUUUACUUGUGUUAUCUUUGAGUAAUAUUUAAAUUUGUUGGAAGAUGGAAAACAUUUAAGUGUAACAAACAUGCAAAAAAAAAAAAAAGAGAAAUCAGGAAGGGGUCACAAAUAUUUGUAACUGUAACUGUUUAAUCGCCUCAUCAUUUUAUUACAUUAUACACAACAGAUUGAGGAAUAACUCUCAACAUUAUUAUUACGUAUGACAAUUAGAAAUUUAGGUUUAGACUUUAGCAAGAAUCAUGGAAGUUGACGCACAUGAUUUGCUUUCGCGGGCCACAUCAAAUGAUGUGGCGGGAUGGAUCUGGCCCCCGGGCCUUGAGUUUGACACCAUGCUUUAAAUACUCAGUUAGCUGAUAUCUCAUGAGAUUUGCUUUUAUCUCGUCUUGCAUGAUAACAGUUUGACUUUACUUUCAAGGAAUAUGUUUCCAUAUAAUUUGGAGUUCAACUAAAAUGUUAUCACAUUUGGGGCGUUCAGCUAUGGAGGUUCAGGAGUAUUUCGUUGACAGUGAAGUAAAAAAUGUCAGUUAUUAGGUACACAAAUGGACAAAUGUUUUUCAAAGCACACUUAAUAUCUCCUGGAGUGACUCAGCAGCCAGUGUUAUACGUUAACAGUUGAAUGCUAUCAGGAGAAGUAAAGUAUUUACUGUUUGUAAGCUGACAGCAUCUGUAAUCCAACCAGGCAUGAACGUGAUCAUAACUGAUACAGUGUCGGUACGAAGCAGCGAUUGCCACAGCUCUAAUAUGUAUUAUUGUCUUUAUUGUCAUCAAUAAAAAGGGAAUUGUGAGCUUUGUUCCCCCCCCCGCAGCUGUUUUGCUGUUUUUACGACCAACCUAAACUGAAGCUCCAGGUGUUAUUUUAUUUCCGGUGAUUCACGUACUGUAUUUGGCCAGUGUUUUUUAAUUUCCCUGCCUCUAACUGUUUAUAAACUGCUGUUUAUUUCUCUGUGAGAAUCCCCUCCAUUCCGUUUGUGUGCCGUUAAUUCGCUUUGCCAACACUGCGUAUUAUUUGUACCAGGAAUGGAUGGGUUUGUUUCUCUGUUGUGAAAAGGAGGCUAUGAUUAUUGCACUGAAAAAAUGUUUUCCUAAUUAGGGCAUGCUUUUGAUUCUACCUUCUUGAUUGUGUGACAAGGUUUAACAAUCCAGUCCUUUUAUAAAAAUACUACACUCACUACUACACUCAUUCCGAAGGUCUCCUUGGUUUCACUGAUAGCUUCUAUUACACACAUGUAGACCUCAGUUGAAUGUGAGUACAAAGAUAAAGCCGUGCACAUUGCACACCGCUUCUAAACGUCAUCCAUACACUACCGGGUGAACCAUACAUUUAAGUAUUCCCAAAACUACGAUGUUUACCUAAUUUCUGCUAAGUGGUACUUCAAUUUCAUUUCAACGUGUCUUCAGUACAUGUGACUUUACAUUUGGUACAAGUUUUUGAAAACCUUUAGAAAAUAUUUGUGAUUUUUAAUUCUCAUCAAUAUAUUGAUUGCUGCUUAAAUUAUUGUAUUGGACACAACAUGUUGCUUUAAUAAGAUGAUUUCCAUGGCAUUGUAGCACCAUGUUUUCACAUGUUGUCUUAUGCUGCCAGCCUUGUGUUUACUGCUGAUAAUAUCUGUGUUAUAAAACAGCUGUGAGUGUGCGUGUGUGUGCGCGUAGUUCCAGUAAUACUGUAUGUGGACAAUAUCAAGGUUUUUCUAAUUUUGCUUUCAUAAACCACAGUAGAUUUGAAGAUGAAAUGUGAUUGAAGUGUAGACUUCAAUUCAAGAGCUUUUCAACCACAAACAAAUUGUCACUGUCAUUGUCCAAAUGAUUCUGGACCUCACUGUAAGUGGGUGUGUAUAAUCAAGCGUCACUGUGAAACUGAACCCAAGCUAUUCAUGUACUGCCCGCCUGUUUUUGUUGUUGUUGUUUUUUUUUAAAAUAUAAGUUUAGUAAGUAGAUUUAAAGAUGAAUUGUUGGACAGAGAGUGUGUACCUGUACUGUGUCUGGAGUGUGAACUGAGCUGGGCAUUGUAAGGCCAUCCCACUCACAUGUCAUUGUUGAUGUUCUUUGACUUAAACAGAAUCCUUUUGCCCUUCCCGGUACAUUUCAAUAUUCAGUGUUCCUUGUCCUGCUAAAAAGAUGUAGCCUAACAAUGUUUACCUGAAAUCUGUCAUAGACAAAAGUCUGUUAUUCAUAAGCAGAUCACAUGACCUACAGUACUUAUCAUCUCGUUGUUUUAAUAUUUAUGAAUGUAAAACCUAAUUUGGGCGGUCCCCAUUAAUGCCUGAAACAAAUAAUCAAGGGGCACAUAUUUCGUAAUUGCCCAAAUGACACUAAACAUCUGUUUUGUUCAAAAUAGUGAAUUUGGUUAAAAUUAUGUGAAAGUUGUAAUGUCCAACUUGUUUUUCACGAUCUUGUUUCUUCCCUUGCUAAACUUUUUGCACUACAUUUGAUAAGACUGGUUGUCAUUGAUUGAAUGUGAAAUAAA